AUGGGGUAUCUGAAACAGAUUGACAUUGAAAACUUUAAGUCAUGGCGAGGGAAACAGGUCAUCGGUCCGUUCCUGCGAUUUAAUUGUGUAAUUGGCACAAAUGGCUCCGGUAAGUCCAAUUUAAUGGAUGCCGUGAGCUUUGCCGUUGGGGAGCGGGUUGCCAGUCUCCGGGUGAAGCGCCUCCGGGACCUGAUACACGGAGCCCACAUCGGGCAGCCGGUGCAGGACACCUCCCGCGUCUCCAUGCGGUACUGCGACGACGACGACCAGGAGACCGUCUUCUGUCGGAGCAUUUUAGGUGACAACUCUGAGUAUCGCAUCAAUGGUAUACAUGUUACUCUGGCCAAAUACAUGGAGGAGCUGGAGAAGAUUGGCAUUGUGACCAAAGCUCGAAACUGUCUGGUGUACCAGGGGGCAGUGGAGUCCAUAGCUUUGAACGACCCAAAAGAGAGGACCAAGAUGUUGGAGUGCAUUUGUCAGUCGAAAGAGUAUGCUGUAGAGUAUGAGGUGAAAAAAAAGGCCCUGCUGAAUGCCAAAGAGGACACACAAUUUCACUUCAACAAGAAGAAAUCUGCUAUUGUCGAGAGGAAACAGGUGUCUCAGGAAAAAGUAGAGGCCCAGAGGUACCAGGUGCUAGUGGAUGACCUUCACCAAAAGCGCCUGAAGCUGAGCCUGGCUGAGCUCUACUAUAAUGAAAAGAGCAUCAGCACCCUCAGAGACACCCUGAGGGAGAAACAACAGGCAGCAACUGUCCAGAACCAUAAACUAGUGAAAGGGGAGCAGACGGUCAAAACCAACAAGAAGGAACAUGGACGCCUCACUAGAGAGAAGCAGCAAAUAGAGAAGGAAAUCCGUGCCCACGAGCAUAUGCAGUCCCAGUGUCAGACCCAGUACAUCAAAGCCAAGGUAAACACCUCCCAUCACAUGAAGAAGGCUGAGGAGGUCCGUAAUGCUCUGAAGAAGAAUCAGAAGCUGAUGGCUAUUAAACAGCAGGAGCUGGCAGAGGGACAGCGAGAGAUCGCUGAGCUAGAGAGAACCUGGAGAAGCUUUGAAAAGCAGGUACAGGAGAAGGGUGCCUCCCGGGGGAGAGACAUCCAACUGGAUGAGGAUCAGCUGGAGCGAUACAAAGAGCUGAAGGAGCUGGCCCGAAAACAGGGGGCCGUCCUUAGCCAGCAGGCAGAGAAACUGCACUGGGGGGUGAGAACCGACUAUGAGAAGAUUUCUUUCGACCAGCGCAGAAAGAUCGAAGUGGAGGCUGCCGUCAGGAACUGUCAGGCUCAGCUGGAAGAUUUGAUAAGCAGAGCAGAGAAGCUAGAGGAGUACACCAAGAAAUGCAACUCAACCCUUGAAGAAUGCUGUCAGCGGGAGGAGAGCUUGAGUGCAGAGCUGCAGCGGGGCCGCCAGCGCAGCCAGGAGGUGAACCAGGAGCUGGGCCAGGUGCUAGAGGAGCUGGGGGACGCCCGUCUGGACAGCCAGGAGAGCAGAAGCCAGCUGCAGCGCAAAGAAAUGCUAGAGAAGCUCUGCAGACUCUACCCUGAAACUGUGUACGGUCGUCUGUGUGACCUCUGCAGCCCCAUCCAUAAGAAGUACCAGCUGGCUGUUAUCAAGGUGUUUGGUCCCUACAUGAACGCCAUUGUAGUAGCCACGGAGAAGGUGGCCCGCGACUGUAUCUGUUUCAUCAAGGAGGAACGAGCUGACCGCGAGACCUUCCUGCCCAUCAACUACUUGGAUGUGAGUCCUUUGAAUGAGCGACUGAGGGAGUUGCCCGCUGCCAAGAUGGUGGUAGAUGUUGUUCAAGUUAACAGUGGCCCAGGUGCUGCUCAGCUGAGGAAAGUGGUGCAGUUUGUCUGUGGCAAUGCCUUGGUGUGUGAGACCCUCAAAGAAGCGAGGAGUAUGGCGUUCGACAGGCAGCCGCGCAUUAAGACAGUAUCCCUGGACGGGACGCUGUUUUCAAAGUCAGGUGUGAUCUCUGGAGGCUCCAGUGACCUGCGGACCAAAGCUCGUUGCUGGGACGAGAAGGACAUGAAGCGGCUAAAGGAACGCAAGGACCAGCUGACAGCAGAGUUGCGCGAUUUGAUGAGGCUGAAGCGAAAGGAGGCUGACCUGAGUCAGAUCAUUGCUCAGGGUCAGGGUGCAAAGACCCGCCUCAAAUACUCCAAAACUGAGCUGGAAAACCUUCGCAAGAAAAACAUCCUUAAAUGCCAAGCGGAGAUUUCUCGUAUGGAGAGUGAAUUAGCAAACCUGGACUCUCAGAUCCAGAUGCAGCAGGAGAGUGUGGAGGUGAAGGAUGCAGAGAUGAGGAAGAUAAGAGACCAGAUCGACCAGAUGGAGGACUUGGUGUUUUCUGACUUCUGUGCUGAGAUUGGUGUGGACAGCAUCAGAGAGUAUGAGCAGGAGCACCUCAAACAGCAAACAGAGCUUGACAAGAAGCGGCUGGAGUUUGAGAGUCAGUGCGCUCACUUGAAUGCAAAUCUGGAGUACGAACAAAACCAAGUGGAGCAGCAGAAAAGGAAGCUCUGCAAAAUGGAGGAAACCAUUGACAAGGAGGAGAAAAUCAUUGCUGUGCAGAAGAAGGAGGAGGAGAAUCUGCUGGAGGCAGUGGAGGAGAGUCAGAACAAACUGUUGGAGUUGAACAACCAGCUGCUGUCUAAGAAGAGCCAGGUGACUGCUGCCAAAGCUGAGCUGGACCAGGAAAUUCAGAGCGUCCAAGAAAUAAACAAAGAGUUUGUGAAACUUCAGCAGAAGGUGGCGUCUGCAGAGGCAGCUUUGGAGCAGAAACGCAUGGCCAGACACAACUUACUGUUGGCCUGCAAGAUCCAGAGUCUGCCCAUCACUCUGCUGUCAGGAAACCUGAAUGAAAUCAGUGAGGUGCAGAUUGACACAGAAUCUGAAAGCACUUCAGCCACCAUGGACAUCUACGAGAGAGAGGCACAACUUAUCAUCGACUACUCCGACCUGGAGGCAGAAUUCAGAAGUAUACAGGCAGAGGAGGAAAUGGAAGCCUACUUGGAGAGACUGAAAGAGUCACUGUCCUCUAUAGAGGGAGUACUGCAUUGCACCACUGCCCCCAACCUGAAAGCUCUGGAGAAGAUGAGGGAGGUGAAGUACAAGUUACAGGGAGUGACAGAAGCCUUUGAUGCCAGCACCCGAGCAGCCAGAAAAUGCAAUCAGGAGUUUGAACAAAUCAAAUCCCAGCGCCUCCACCUCUUCAACAAGUGCUUUGAACAUGUGUCAGUCGUAAUCAAUGAGAUCUAUAAAAGAAUGUGCAGGAACAGCAGUGCCCAGGCCAUUCUGACCGCAGAGAAUCCAGACGAGCCGUACCUCGGCGGCAUCAACUACAGCUGCGUGGCGCCAGGGAAACGCUACAUGUCUAUGGACAAUCUGUCGGGAGGAGAAAAGGCCAUCGCUGCCCUGGCCAUGGUGUUUGCCAUCCACAGCUUCCGCCCUGCUCCCUUCCUCAUCUUGGACGAGGUAGAUGCUGCCCUGGACAACACUAACAUUGGCAAGGUGACCAGUUACAUCAGAGAUGAAUCCAGGGACAACAUGCAGAUCAUUGUCAUCUCCCUGAAGGAGGAGUUUUACUCUAAGGCUGACGCUUUGCUGGGAGUUUACUCACAUUUUGAUGAAUGCAUGUUCAGCCGCAUCCUGACCCUGGACCUGCGACCCUACCCUCUGCUUGAAGAGGACAAUGGGAAUCCAGUAGACAAGGAGAAGACGGGAUUCAUGUAGCAUUGAAUCAACUGCAUGGCCCCUCUGCAUGUGUGUCUCUUACACUUUUGUUCAUUGACUAUGUUAGUGGUUCUCAGUUUUUCAUCUUUU